AAAAUGUUGCCCUCGUUCUACUUCGUGGAGAAGAGACUUAGUCUGCUCAGAGAAAAGGUCCUGUUCAAUGACAUUAAUGACCUCUAUGUCUCUUUAGAGGAGGAAGGAGAUGGAGAGGUCUUAGACUUCACUAAGUUCAAACACAAAUUUGUAGAGAAGGAGCUUAAUCUGAUUCAUUUCAGUCUGUCCAAAGCUGAAUGUCCCAUUGAUUUCUCAGACUUAGUCUCCCGAAUUGUGAUAAACUGCUGGUUACAGAAGAAUACGCCCAAGACUAUUAGUUUUGGGGUGUAUUUUCUGUAUUUCUUUUACUCAUUAUCGCCAUUGAAGAAGCGGAUCAAGUAUCCUAUAGCUCCAGAGGUGCUCGAUGUCAUGAUGGAUGAACGAAUUGUCAGCAAUGACACUUACGCAUUCGUGCUGAAUAAGAUGAUUAGCGAAGGAAUGCUCUCAUUUGGCAUCAAAAUGCCUCCCCUCGAUAAGCCAUUUGAUUUGAAUAAGAAGGAGAUUCUAAAGAAGGCAGAGUAUCAUCUUGAUGACUUGAAAGAACAGUACUACCAAAUCUGUAAUGACCCGAAGAUGGUUGAUAUUGACAAAAAUGCACAAGAAAAUGUUGAAGCUAACCGUAUGCGACUUGCUAAUUUGAUUAAGUCGGAGGAAGACAACCAUGACAUGGACCAAGAAGAGGAAAAAUCUAAUCUCAGAGCACCUGAGAAUAGGAAGGUCCACCUCAUGUCUUCUUUGUUUAAAUAAUGGAACUAUUUUCAUCUCAAUUUUUA